AUGGUUUCCGCCCAGACCAAAUUUUUCAAACACCAUUACUUCCUGGUCUCCUAUGACAACCCAAAUCACGGCUUUACGAGCAACAGCUACAAGCCUGCAGAAGGAGGAAGUAUGAGUCCAGUUACCUGUGAAAUACUUACCUUGUCCACCGCUACGAGUUACCUGGCUACAAGCCUGCAGAAGGAGAGACUACAAGCCUGCAGAAGGAAAGAGUACGAGUCCAGUGACCUGGGAAAUACUGACCUUGUUCACCGCUACGAGUUACCUGGCUACAAGCCUGCAGAAGGAGAGAGUACAAGUCCAAUAAAUGAAUUGUGUGUUUCAGGAGUUUAUAGUGCUGAUGGGUGGGGUGUGAAUUACAGCUCUUCAUCCAUCUGUGCACUAAAGGGUUCAACAGUGAUAAUAAACUGCACUUAUAAAUACCCUACUGGAUAUCAGAUCAUGAAGGUGUUCUGGACUAACACUAAUGAAACAGCAAAAGAUGAAGAGUUUCCAGAUCUGUCUAAUGUCUCUGAAUACAGUCAGAGGAUUCAGUAUCUGGGAGAUAAACAUCACAACUGCACCAUGAGACUGACUGAUGUCAGACAGACAGAUUCACACAAAUACUAUUUCAGAUUCAUCACUAAUAAACCAAAAUGGGUUGGAAAACCUGGAGUGACUCUUAAUAUCACAGAUCUUCAGGUGGAGUCUUCAGGUGAGAGAGUGAUAGAGGGACAUUCAGUGACUCUUACAUGUAAAAGCAGAUGCAGUCUGACUGACAGAUCAACAUUCAUCUGGUUUAAAAACACACAGUCAUUAAGUGAGAGAACAGACAGAAACAAUCAACUCAUCCUGCAGUCAGUUACAAGAAAUGAUUCAGGCAACUAUAGCUGUGCUGUACAGGGACACAAACUCACAUCACCUCAUCAAUAUCUCAAUGUCGUCUAUGCUCCAGAUAAACCUGUAAUCUCUAUCAAUCCAUCUGGUGAAAUAGUGGAGGGUGUUUCAGUGACUCUGACCUGCAGCAGUGAAUCAAAUCCACCUGUUCAGAACUACAGCUGGUUUAAGGAGAAUGAAACAUCAUCUGUUGGAUCUGGACUGACGUACAGCAUCACUAACAUUAGUGGAUGGUUUUACUGUGAGGCUCAGAAUGAAGUCGGAUCUCAGAGAUCUGCUGCUGUAUCACUCAAUGUUAAAGUUUUAAAUAUAACACAGCUUACAAAUUGCACGAAAACUUCAUAUAUAAAGAAUCUCCUUGACCAAAUAGAGAAUAUUACUGUUCUAAAUUUAAAGGAUGUGAACAAGGUCAUGGACAUGGUCUUCAGCACUUCAGAGAAGAUAAACACAUCAUCAGAUGACCCAAAGAAACAAGCGUCAUAUAUGUUAAAAGCCAGUGAGAAGCUCGUGUCAACGUUGGUGAGGCCAACAAACACCUAUUACUAUCUCAAUUUCACUCAUGCAGCUGUGGAGGAAGAAAUGUUUGUGGUUGGACCACAGGCCAACCUUGAUAAAAUCCCUCAGCUCCACACAUCAAAUGCUUCUAUAGAAAUUGAUCUUAUUGGGAUCGCCAAUUUGAAUUCAGGAUCAGCUGCUGUGGUUUUCAUGAGCUACAAUAAAAUGGAGGACCUACUGAAACCAGACUUUUUCAGCACAUCAGAUAACACAGUUAAAACCAUGAUGUCCACUGUCAUCUCAGCUACUCUUCCUAAAACCACCAACGCCACCCUCACCAAACCAGUCAACUUCACCUUCAAACACAUCAGAGAGUUAAACGACAGUGGUACUCUUUCCUGUGUGUACUGGAACAUCACUGAGUGGAUUGUAGAUGGUUGUUCUGUUGUAAAGACCAACAGCAGCUUCACUGUGUGUUCGUGUGUUCAUCUGUCAACAUUCGCUCUUAUCAUGCAAACCAGCAGCAGAACAUCAGAGGAUAAUAGUCAGCCAAUGGAGUUGGUGAAUAUGGUGUUGGUGAUCGUUGGUCUGGUUUUUACUAGUUUGGCUCUGUUGACUUUUGCUUUCUGUCGAUGGAAACCUGGAGUGAACAAUGUAGCUCGAAUCAACCUCUGCAUCAGUCUGCUGUCUGCUCAUCUUCUGUUCUUACUCACACAACAAUUCAUCAAUCUCAUAAAACCUCACAAGGAGUUGUGUGCUGUGAUAUCAGGAGCUCUUCACUUCUUCUUUCUCUCCUGCUUUGUGUGGAUGUUCAUUGAAGCUGUGCUGCUCUUCAUCUGUGUGAAGAACAUAUCACAGAUCAGCUCCAGACAGAGGGCGAUGCUUAACAAGGGAUUCUUGAUUGUGAUUGGUUAUGCGAUUGAUUUUGUUAUAGUAGGCGUGUCUGCUGGACUGGUUCCUGAAGGCUAUGGCAGUGAUAAAUGCUGGAUUAAAGUGGAGAGAGGCUUCAUCUGGAGUUUUCUGGGACCAGUUUACUUCAUUCUUGCAAUAAACACGAUUCUCUUCAUCAGUAUCAUCAUCAGUCUGAACUUAACUCUCAAAAACCUCAACCUUGAUGUUUCACACAGGAGACAAACCAAUAAGAUGAUGGAGAUUCUCUUCCUGAUCCUGAACUCACAGCAAGGAACCUUCAUCUUCCUGGUCUACUGUGUCCUCAAUAAUGAGAUUUGGUUGAUGAUGAUGUCAGUCAGAAUGGCUCCUCCUCCUCUUCCUCUGAUAGUUCUGCUCAUAGUUCAUAGAGUUUAUAGUGCUGAUGAUGAGUGGGGUGUGAAUUACAGCCCUACAUCCAUCUGUGCACUAAAGGGUUCAACAGUGAUAAUAAACUGCACUUAUAAAUACCCUACUGGAUAUAAGAUCAUGAAAGUGUUCUGGACUAAGAUUAACAGUCCUGAUCCUCCAGAUCUGUCUGAGGACUCUAAAUACAGUCAGAGGAUUCAGUAUCUGGGAGAUAAACAUCACGACUGCACCAUGAGACUGACUGAUGUGAGACAGACAGAUUCACACAAAUACUAUUUCAGAUUCAUCACUGAUAAAGACAAAUGGCUUGGAAGACCUGGAGUGACUCUGAAUAUCACAGAUCUUCAGGUGGAGUCUUCAGGUGAGAGAGUGAUAGAGGGACAUUCAGUGACUCUUACAUGUAAAAGCAGAUGCAGUCUGACUGACAGAUCAACAUUCAUCUGGUUUAAAAACACACAGUCAUUAAGUGAGAGAACAGACAGAAACAAUCAACUCAUCCUGCAGUCAGUAAGAAGAGAGGAUUCAGGCAACUAUAGCUGUGCUGUACAGGGAAACAAUUUCACAUCACCUCAUCGAUAUCUCAACAUUAUGUAUGCCCCAAAACAAACUCAUGUGGUGGUGAAUCCAUCUGGUGAAAUAAUGGAGGGUGAUUCAGUGAAUCUGAGCUGCAGCAGUGAUGCAAAUCCACCUGUUCAAAACUACAGCUGGUUUAAGGGAGGAGAGAUUUUAGGAUCUGGAAGCACCUACAUCAUCUCAAACAUCAGCUCUGACCAUAGUGGAGAAUACAAGUGCAAGUCCAGCAAUGAACUUGGGAUGACUUUUUCUGAUUCUGUGAUUUUAAAUGUCAUUUAUGCUCCAGAUAAACCUGUAAUUUCUAUCAAUCCAUCUGAAAUAAUGGAGGGUGAUUUAGUGAAUCUGACCUGCAGCAGUGAUGCAAAUCCACCUGUUCAAAACUACAGCUGGUUCAAGAAGAAUAAAACUGUUGCAUCUGGCCAAACCUACAUCAUCUCAAAGAUCAGAUCAGAUCACAGUGGAGAAUACAAGUGCAAGUCAAUCAAUGAACUUGGAAAAAGAUAUUCAGCAGUGACAUUAAAUGUCUUGUAUCCUCCAAAGAACGUGACAGCAUCCAUCAGUGGAUCUGGUGAAAUAAUGGAGGGUGAUUCAGUGACUCUGACCUGCAGCAGUGAAUCAAAUCCACCUGUUCAGAUCUACAGCUGGUUUAAAGAGAAUGAAACAUCAUCUGUUGGAUCUGGACAGACGUACAGCAUCACUAACAUUAACUUCAGACACAGUGGAUGGUUUUACUGUGAGGCUCAGAAUGAAGUCGGAUCUCAGAGAUCUGAUGCUGUAUCAAUCAAUGUUAAAGUUGCCAGUUGUGUCUCUUUCUCUGUAGCUUUUGGAGUUGGGCUUUGUGUUGGAGUUUGUGGAACAUUAGCUACUGUAAUUGUUGGGAUGUAUAUUUGCAAAAGAAAGAGUUUGAGAAGAAAAACUUCUAAACAUAAACCUGAGAAUGAUGAUGCCAGUAAUGACACAUACACAGCCCUUGAACUGAAGAGCAGAUCAUCUGAUCUGUAUGAUACACUUACACCCAACAGAUAGAUGCUGAAGUAAGAGGAGGAGCACAAAGAAACACAUCCUUACAUUUCUGAUUGACAGAAAUCAUAACAAAUAAGGCAUCAAAAUGUAUACUAUCUAAUCAUGAUGCAAUAUUCAUUAAUUCAAGUCAAA